GAAGAUUUCCAUUAUGAGUAUACUGAAUGUGACAGUCAUGGUGGAAGAUGGCGUGUAUCUGUACCAGAACCAGGAAAAUGUAUUGAUGGAGCACCCAAUGCACCUGUUAGAGGAAAGGACUGCUCAUUCACAUGUAAAGAAGGGGAGUACCUUGACUUAGAAAAACAGGAGUGUGAAAAAUGUCCUGCUGGAACUUAUUCUUUAGGUGGAGGACUACGUUUUGAUGAUUGGGAGAAAUUACCAUCUGGAUUCACCAUAACAACAGAGGGAUUUCAAGGCAAAUUUUUAUGGCAUAAUCAAGGUGAAGAUGUCAAUUGUUCAAAGUCAACUUGGCAGCCACGUGGAAGUUAUAUUGCUGCUCUACCAGGAGACUGUACAACUAUUCUGGUUUUCUCUACCAAGUUAGUGAAGGCUGGUGCUGUCCAGUUUGAAUAUCAAUAUACAGAUCCUGAUAUCAUCUUCCAUUUUAUGGUUCAGAAUGAUCAAUGUCAAGCAGCAGGAGAUGAUGAUGCUAGUCAAUGGCCUAAAGUUACCGAGGAAGGACAAUGGAGAAAACAAAGUGUUAAUUUGAAAUCUGGUAUGAAUGUUAUUCAAUGGAGGACUAUUGGUGUAUUGAGUGAUUUAUCACCUUCCAAACAAAUUCCUAUACUCAUUAGAAAUAUUGAAAUAUCAGGGGUAGCCUAUACAUCAGAAUGUACCAAAUGUAGAAAUGGAACCUACAGUAGUGGUGGUAAUAAUUUCUGUGCUGAUUGUCCUAAAAAUACAUUUUCUCAUCGUGGAGAAGGAACUUGUCAACCUUGUGAUACAGCUAUUCAAUAUUCCUUACCUGGAGCAACUAAAUGUUUAAUUCGACCAGCCUGUAAAGAAUCAGAUUAUUUUGAACAUCAAACUCCCUGUGAAAAUAAAAAGACAUUUAAAACCUAUACCUGGAUCAAACCUGAGAAUUGUAAUCCAGGACUAGUAGGAUCAGUGAAACUUCCACAGAGUGAUAAACCUACAGACUGUCCACCAUGUAACCCGGGCAUGCAUCUUGUAGAAGAUAAGUGUGAAUUUUGUCCAGUCAAUAUGCAUUCUGAUGGUAAAGAACCAUGUACACUAUGUCCUGCUUCUACAUCUCCUGUAUAUAGUAUUGAUUAUCGCUGGUGGAAUACCAUGCCUCCUAAUAUAACUUCUACAUGUUUAUCUAUGACAGAUGAAAAUUGUUCUGAACAAGUUGGCUGGUUAACUAAUGGAGAUCAUCUACAAACUAAUUUUGGUCAUGAUGAGAAUAUAUUUAUUAUAUUGACUCUAAAUAUUGAUGGAUUACGAGGAUCAACUGGUAGUGUUGAUGGGAAAGCCAAGGUUCUGGGUCAGAUAUCCUUCAUGUUUGAUCUAGAUUGUGAAGUUGGACAAUGUGAACUAGUAUUUUUGUCGAAUGAAUCUGGUAGAAAUUCUAUUGUUUCAAGUUGGCAAGGUACCACCAAUAAACAACCCUAUGUACAUAAAAUAAGAACCAAUAAAGCUGUAUCAUUUACGUGGGCGUUUCAACCAGCUGACUGGGACACUAUGGACCCUGAUAAUAUUGAUAUAUCUGAGUAUCUUAACAAUAAAGCUAGAAUAUACUCUAUACAAGUUACUAAUACAUUAUCUGGGGGUGCUGUAGCUUGUAAAGCCUGUCCACGAGGCACACAGAAAGAUGGUUGUAUUCCAUGUCCAGAUGGAAACUAUAUUGAUCCUAAAACUACUAAAUGUACACCAUGUCCAUCAGGAACAGUAAUGGCUAGUGGUGAUCCUUGGGGUAAACAAGCCUGUGAGAAAUGUGGUGUAGGAUUGAAACCUGUUCAUGGACAUCAUUGUGCUUCAGACUGUAAGAUUACAGAUAGUAAUGGCAAAACAUUUGAUUUCUCAAAGCUAAAUGGUCUACAGUAUGUAACAGGAACGAGACUUUUCACCUCUAGUGGUACCACCUACUUUCAUGGCUUCAAUAUCAGUUUGUGUGAUAAUAAAGUUCUACCAAGCUGUGUGAAUAAUGUAACAUCACUAGAUGAAGAGAUGUUUAAUGAACCUAGUACAGUAUCUGGUAUGAUCUGUAGAUCAACUAUGGUACCAUCUAAAGAUAAAAAGACACCUAAUUCUAUUGUUUCCACUCAGCCAGUCAGUAUUGGUGACCAUCUAGUUCAGAUUGUAUCAAAUUCUAGUUUAAAGUCACAAUAUAUAAAAGAAGGAUUUAACAGUGAGAAAAUAAAUGAUGAUAUUCACUUUUAUUUUAAAUCUGAGAGUGCUACAGCUGCUUGUCCUAAUGGCAGGGAAACCAUCAUUACUCUCAGCUGUGAUGUCAAUGAAAAAGGUCAAGGUCAAUUGGAAUUACCACCAAAAUGUUCUGAUGGAACCUGUGAUGGUUGUAAUUUCCACUUUAUGUGGUACAGUCAACAUGCUUGUCCUCUAUGUCAAGAGAAGGAUUAUGAGGUGGUCAAUGGAGAAUGUAAAAAUGGUGAACAGACCAUACAUUAUUACCCUCCAAAAAACUGUUUGAUACCUUUUGUAUCCAAACCAAGAAAAAUGGUUCAGAAAUGUUCUACAUUGCCAUUAGUAGUACAGAUAUCAAUCCCAGUAGCUGUAGGUGUAGGACUAUUAUUAUUAGUAUUACUAGUCUAUUGCUGGAAGAGAAAUAAAAAAUUAGAGUACCGCUAUAUGAAGCUGGUAGAAACAGCUGGUGGUAAAGAUGGAGAACUACCAGCAGCUGAAUCAUGUGGUCUAGAUGAGGGUGAGGAUGAAGAUACAGUACAU